AUGACUGGCAAUGGGCUGCACGCACACAGCCAGAGCUUGGGUGUUGGGCACGCACACGAUCACCACCACGACCACCAACACCAACACAACCACGAUCACGAUUACGACCAUGACCACGCAUCCUACACCCAUCUCACCCACAAUCGAUCCGGCUCCCACGACAAGCCUGAAUCCUACCCUCAAUCCCGCCCCGAAAUACACUCCCACACCCACUCGAGCACCUGCUCGCACUCCCACGACCAUGGGCCGAACCACAGCCACACCUCGGCGCGUGUCAUUGGCGGCCACACGUCCCACCGACCAAACUCGACGAGCUCGAUCCACCUGCGCGAGAAGGUGCCGCCGACACCGCUAUCGCAGGUAGAAGGCUGGCAGACCGAGAGAACGCCUGGCGGCCGGGAGAUUAUAACCCCCAAGAUUGACUCGUUUGGCGAGAAGACGAUCGAGUACCACGGCCACGAUCACGACCACGGUCACGACCACGGCCACGAUCACGACCAUGAUCAUGGACACGACCAUAAUCACAGCCACGGACAUUCCCAUGAUCAUGCACAUGGUCAUGGACACGGCCACAGCCAUGGCCACGGUCAUUCGAACCCAUCUUUCUUCUCCAAGCUCUUGUUGCGCGUCACGCCAAGCUUCCCCUUCCUUCAUUCGAUUCUGGUCGAGAAGGACUCGCGGCGCAUCUUCUACUUCCUGUCCCUCAACUUCUCCUUCAUGGGCGUCCAGGCCUUUUACGCCUAUGCCACGAGCUCACUCGGCCUACUGAGCGAUACAGUCCACAUGUUCUUCGACUGUUUCGCUUUGUUGGUCGGGCUCUGCGCCGCUGUUAUGAGCAAGUGGCCACCGAGCGAGCGGUUCCCCUAUGGCCUGGGCAAAGUCGAGACGUUGAGCGGUUUCGCCAACGGCAUUCUCCUAGUGCUUCUCAGCGUCGAGAUUAUCGGGGAGGCGUUUGAGCGCAUGAUGGAGGGGACGCCACCAAAGAGGCUGUCCGAGCUGCUCACUAUCAGCGUGCUCGGCGGCCUCGUUAACGUCGUGGGACUCGUGGCUUUCGGUCACCACCACCAUCACGGCCACGAUCACGGACACUCGCAUGGCGGAGGCUCUUGCCCCAGCAGCAAGAAAACGGACGACCACCACGACCACGACCAUGACCACAGCCACGAUCACAGCCACGACCACGACCAUGGCCACCACAACGAGAACAUGCACGGCAUCUUCCUCCACGUUCUUGCCGACCUCAUGGGCAGCGUGGCCGUGACCAUCUCAACCAUUCUGACCAUGUACACGGGCUAUACCUGGUGGGACGCCGUGGCGGGUAUUGUCGUCUCGGUGCUCAUUGUGCUGGCAGCCUGGCCGCUUCUCACCUCGUCGGCGCGCAACCUGCUCCUCAGCAUCCCUGAUCGCGUCGAGUACAACCUGCGCAACACGCUCGCAGGUAUCACGCAGCAGCGUGGCGUCGUGAGCUACAGCGUGCCCAAGUUCUGGAUCGACGACAUCCUCACGGCCCAGGGCGGCGCCGGCGAGAAGCUGCGCGGCAUCGUGCACGUGCAGGCGGCGCGCGGGGCGGCCAUCGACGAUGUGCGCGACCGCGUCAGGGAACACCUGCUGGCGCACAACAUCGACAUUGUCGUGCAGGUCGAGCGGGAGGGUGAGACAAACUGCUGGUGCGGCGCCGGCAGGCUGCUGUCGCCGGCGGUGGUGAGUCCGAGGGGCUUUUAG